GUAGGGUGAGGAGUUCUUGAGUUGGAAAUACCGGUAAUAUCAAUUUACCAUCCACAAUGACUAUGUAGGAUGUCGUAAGUCGAUCUCAGACAACCCUGGCCUGUACCUUUCGUGGCUGAAGCUGCCAUGGGACGAUUUCAGUAGAUGAUGCUUUGGACCGUGGGUUGUGAUUAGAGGUGGAACAAUGGGAGCGCAAGUGGAAAGCAGACGAGAAGGUGCAAGGGCAACAUGCCGAAAAUACGCUGGACUAAAUCUGCUCGCUCUUAUUCAGUUGUUGUACCAGCUGACUGUUGCUGGGAUGUAUGGUUACGCACCUCUCGGGAUAAAGGGCACUACAACACUACACAGCAUAUCAUCAAUUGCCAGUGAAACGGGCAAGGUGAUGGUCAGGGUGACGAGCUCAGCCAACCCCUACACUGGCCCCAGUGAGCUCAGUCUUAUACUCUCCAAUGCUGCGUUUACACCCUGUAUGAGAAAAGAUGAUGUCAUCUUUGCAAGAUAUGAAACGAUCAAUGAAGUCAGCAUGAACGGCUCGUGCUGUGGCCAGUGCAUCACAAUCAGCAAUGUGACCAGGGUAUCGCACUGCACACUGACGGACAAGAAGCGCUGUACGACUCUCUAUCGCAAGCCGACGAGUAUGUUUGUUGCAUCGCAGCUCUGCAGAAGCACCACACCACAUUCUCUGAGCAAUAUUAGCAGGCCAGUGAUCAACACAUGGGCAGCAUGUUGUAUUGGAGUGAUGGGACACUGUCACAUGACCACAGUGGAAGAGUGCAUGCAUACAUUCAACGGAAAGUGGUUUCUCAACAAGAUGUGCAGACAGGUGAACUGCAUUGGCGAGGUGUGUGGUGGAAUGCCUAAGCUUCCUGCUGAUCCCAACUCUCCUUACCGGUCACUGAUAUCAAAUCAACUCUAUCGUUGGAUUACAGCCAAUUUUCUCCACCGGGGAAUGGUUGACUUCGUUGUACUGCUCAACAUACAGUACUGGCUUGGAAUACCAAUCACACUGGAUAAUGGCAGCAUGACACCAGUCGUCGUGUUCCUCAUGAGUGGCUUUGGAGGACAAAUGGUGGCAACAUCUCUUCAGCCAUACAAGAUUCACCUGAGCAGCAGCAGUGCGGUGUGGGGUUAUGCGGCGUACUACCCGCUGACGCUGCUGAGAGACUUCUCCCCGUCAAGCACUCCCAUGAUUAAGCUGAUCAAUCACCUCUGCUUCUUCGCCUUCAUGCUUGGUCUGGAUGCCCUGCUCUCAGCAUCGAGCCUUGCCAGCAUAGCUGGCUUCUUUUUCGGAUUUUGGACGUUGCUAACAGUGCAGAAAACACGCUGGACCCAGAGAGAAAAGGACGAUAUUAGACCAUGGUGGAAAGAGAAGGAGUUUUGGCUUAGACUACACGGUGUCGUGUGCAUCAUUGUGUGUAUUGCAAUAGUUGCAGUCUCCUUCUUCUAUCAGGUCAAGUUUCCAGCUGUGCUUAGUGGCUACACUCCAGAGUAUUGUGGUCGCGGUGUGCGUGCGCUCAACAAUCCAGCUGCACUCCUGCUCUAUGAUGAGAACGAAUACGACUAUUUUGUGUACCACACUAACAAAAGUAGUGAGAUGAGAUUCUUUUCGUGUAUGUAGUAAGUAUAUGUAGUAAGCAUUUUUUAAAUACGCUUGCCACUAUUUAAUCAUUCAAUGCAAUUCAUUGGCAUAUAUUCAAUUCUAGAAUCAUGUUCUAUUUUAAACACCCUA